GCAUUAUUCCCUUCCUUGUUACUUUAUUUCUGGAUCUCAAAGUGGUUAUAAUCCUGAGGAAGAAGACCAAAUGUCUUAAUAAAUUAUGGCAAACAAUCCAUUGAUAUAACAACAUCAUUCUGGAAAAACAAAAAUUUGUUUUAAAAAAAUUGGGUGUAAAAAUCCUCAAUAAAAGGAGACAUUUAAAGUUUUCAAGGCUUUCAGCAAUCCAGGUCUUACAAAAUGAACCGUUACACAACCAUGAAACAACUUGGCGACGGCACCUAUGGCAGUGUACUCAUGGGAAAGAGCAAUGAGUCAGGCGAGCUUGUGGCUAUCAAAAGGAUGAAAAGAAAGUUCUAUUCUUGGGAUGAAUGUAUGAAUUUGAGAGAAGUCAAGUCUCUUAAGAAGCUGAAUCACGCUAAUGUGAUAAAACUGAAAGAAGUUAUCAGAGAAAAUGACCAUCUUUAUUUUGUGUUUGAGUAUAUGAAGGAAAAUCUCUAUCAGUUAAUGAAGGACAGAAACAAGUUGUUCCCUGAGUCAGUCAUCAGAAACAUUAUGUAUCAAAUAUUACAAGGGCUAGCUUUUAUCCAUAAGCACGGUUUUUUCCAUCGGGAUAUGAAGCCUGAAAACCUUCUCUGUAUGGGUCCAGAGCUUGUGAAAAUAGCUGAUUUUGGAUUGGCUAGAGAACUAAGAUCUCAACCACCAUACACAGAUUAUGUUUCUACCAGAUGGUACCGUGCGCCUGAAGUUUUGUUGAGAUCUUCUGUUUAUAGCUCUCCUAUUGAUAUAUGGGCUGUUGGUAGCAUAAUGGCUGAACUGUACACGCUGAGACCUCUUUUCCCAGGGACAAGCGAAGUAGAUGAAAUCUUCAAAAUUUGCCAAGUAUUAGGGACUCCAAAGAAGAGUGACUGGCCAGAAGGGUACCAGCUUGCGUCUGCCAUGAAUUUCCGCUUCCCACAAUGUAUCUCUAUGCACCUCAAAACUCUCAUUCCAAAUGCCAGCAAUGAGGCAAUACAGCUUAUGACUGAUAUGCUAAACUGGGAUCCAAAGAAACGACCUACAGCAAGUCAGGCUUUGAAAUACCCUUAUUUUCAAGUUGGCCAAGUUUUAGGACCUCCUCCACAAUAUUUGGAACAGAAACAAUUUGUUAUUAAACCUGUUCAGCCAACAGAGCCAAAGCCAAAUCUACCGAAAUUAGAACCUGUAUCAAAACUAGAAUCUGUAUCCAAGCCAGAAUCUCAGUCUUCACCUGAUGCACUUGACGAGACUCAGCCACAACUUCCGUCAAAGAUUAACCACCAACCUCUCCAGCAAAUCCAGCUGUCACAGAAUACAACUAACCAACAACUACCCCAACAGCAGCAGCCACAACCACUUCUUCCAGCCAUCAAUAAAAAUUCAUCACCAAAGCAAGCAAUCACAGGCCUUCAAAAUGGUGCAGUUGGUCUUAAAAAUUGCAGGAGACGAUGGGGUCAGACUCUGUUAAAGACUAUGGACAGUUGGGAUGACUUGGAGGACACAGAAUUUGGAAUUUCAUAUUCCAAGAAGCCCAGCAUUUCACAGUUAAAGGAAAAGAAAACAAAAGAGUUUUUGUUUAGCAUGCCAGAGCCAAAGGCCUUGGGCUGUAUCCAAUCAGGAGGGGAAAGCAAAGCUCUGAUGCGAAAUGACUCUGGAAUAUCAAAUACAUCAGCAAAACAAUACUACCUGAGACAAUCAAGAUAUCUUCCUGGUGUAAACCCCAAGAAUGUCUCCUUAGUAGCAGCCAGUAAAGAAGGCUCUCAAGGAAUCUGGAACAAUUCAUUGUUUUCUAAACCACUAGGGCCUACUGGAGGAGGUCUGUCUUUUAACAGAACGAAUGCAGGUGCUGCUUACAACCCAUCUGGAGGAUAUAUCCCUUCCUUUCAUAAAAAAGAAGUUGGAUCAGCUGGACAAAGGAUACAACUAGCUCCUCUUGGUGCAUCAGCAUCAGGUUGGAAAAGGGAGCUACUCACAGGAGAACGUAUGGCUGCAAAUUUUUGA